AGCACACCUCUCAGAAAAUAUUUCAACUGUAAUGUGUGGCAAUUUCCUGAAUUCAUCAAAAAGAAAGAAGAAAACAUAUUAGUUUUGGCAAUUUCAAAAAGUGACGUAAAGAAAAAGGGAAAAACUACAAAGUGAAGAAUUCGAUAACAAAAAUGUCGGUGGACCGUCCAGCUACAAGAGACAUAUUGUUUAUUAUUUUAGUCUCUUUGGUAGGAUGUAACGAGGCAGCGUUGUCCGUUGGACUAACGCCCCUGACGACUAACCUGAACGAGAAGUCGUCGACGAAAGCUUUACUCCGACUCACAUGUAACAACCCGGCCGUCGCCGACAACUUCGCCAUCAAGAAAAAGAGCCAGAACCCCUUUUACUGCGAUAAGUGCUUCCAGGUGCUGAAAGAUAAAGAUUCAUCGAAGCGAGGUUAUUGGCUAUGGUUCCAUUCGGGCGUUGCGCCGCUCGAUUACAAGUCCAUCAACCAGUACACUAUUGACAUCGAGUGUGAUGACGCCAAUGAAACGGCAACUGCAUCUAUCACUGUGAACAUCGUCCCAAACCAACAACCGAAAAUAAAUCCGUCUACAGUAAAAUGUGCGAAAAAGAUCCAGGCGGCUAGUGUGAAAGCUGGGGACAGUGUUUUUGCUCCAAACCCCCUGACGAAUGUGGCCACCGACCCAGAUGGUGAUCCUCUGUUCUAUUCCAUGACCGUACAGCCCACCAGCGCAGCCGGCUCAUUCACGAUCGGGCCAACCGACGGCGUCAUCCGGGCAACAAAGGACCUGAUUCAAGAAUGUACUCCUUCCGUGUCCUUUUCCGUGACCGUCACUGACAAAAUCACCACACCGCCUCCUCCAAUUAUCGUAUCGUGCGAAAUGUCAGGCAAUAAGCAGGCGCCAGUCAUUACUAAUGUGAACAAGGAAGUGCAGGUACCGGAAGACUCGCCUAUAGGAUCAGUGAUUGGCGGCAUUGUGAUGAACGUAAAGCCCGUGGGUCAUGUCUCGUACGGGCUGUCAACAGUUCCGCCUUCAGCAAUAUCACUGGUGACAGAACAUGUUGACACCAUCAGAGUGGCACAGAAGCUCAACUUCGAGUCUAACAACAGGAACUUCAACCUGACCAUCAGGCCCGACAACGGAAUGUGCGAUCCAAUCGAUCACUGGCUCUUCAUCCGGGUCUCUGACAAGAACGACCCGCCGGUAUUAGCCCCAAAGACGGAUUUCUAUGCAGUUUAUGAAAGAACGAGUCUGGCGUCAGAUCCAUCCGUAUCUUCGAUUAACAUCAACUGGGGUCCCAUCGUCAAGGACGAGGAUUACGACGACCUACCCGGCACACACACCUUCAGCAUCAUCAAGGGCAACGAUAACAACCGGUGGAAGAUCGACCGCACGACGGGCGUCAUCCGGUCCAACGGCAUCUACGACGUCGACCAGAACGUCAUGCCGACCACGGCGAAACUCCUCGUGCAGGUCAAGGACUCGGACGGCGGCAUCGAUAACGCCACGAUCAAUAUCAGAAUCGAUGAUUUCAACGAUCAUCGGCCGAUCAUCAACCCAUCAUCUUACACGUUCACAAUCACGGACUGUACGCCGAUCGGUCAGCUCGGAAAGAUGAUCGCCAAAGAUGACGACCUCGGCGUCACCAACGGGGUGAACAACAACAACAACGUAUUCGAUUUCGACUUUGCCACGUCAGACUACGUGACCGUCGACCAGACAGGGGCCAUCACGUUGACCAAGCCGAUGCCGGCUGGAACGUCAACAACUCUGUCAGUGGGGGCCACGGAUAAAGGGAAGCCAACGCCGCUGUCUAGCCUGACAAAGGCGACGAUCGUCGUGUCGUCAACAGCGUGUCCCCCUACAACUACACCACCAACUGUUCCCACCGUCCCCAGCUCAAACAACAACAAUAAUAAUAACAAUAACAACAACAACGGUAACAGUAACAGUAACGGCAACAGUAACAGUAACAGUAAUAGUGUCAGCAAUGGCAUCAACUCUUUCCCCAACGUAUCCGCUACAGGUGCUGGUAAAAGUGCAACCGCUAAUGCAGGGACCAUGGCGUGGAUCAUCCUGGCCGGCCUCCUGGGCGCCCUGCUGCUCGGCCUGCUGGCCUACAUGCUCUUCAAAUACUGCUACCCGUACUGCACAGAGGGAGGCUGCAAGAGUCUGUGUCAAAAACGACACCCAACACCGCAAGUUCGACCAACGGAAGUGGAAAAAGUGACCGAAAAGUAA